AUGGCCGCCCAGUGGCCGCAACGCUACGACGAGGCCGAGCUGCAGGAGCUGGACAGCCUGAUCCCGGAGGAGGCGCGAAAUUUGUUACGCGAGCUCGACGAGGUGCAGACAGAACUUGACGCGAUUGCCGACCGCGAGAGCGACGAGGUCAUAUUGAUUGAGCACAAAUUCGGCCUCCGCAGGGCCCCGCACUUUGCCGACCGCGCCCAGGUCGUCGACAAAAUCCCCGAAUUUUGGUUUACGGUGAUCAUGAACCAUCCCCAAAUCAGCUCGUUGAUCGAGGAGGACGAGGAGCCGCUUUUGUCCUUUUUGAAAAAUAUUGAGCUCGAGUGGAAGGGCGAUCCGCGGGACGGCUUCCAGCUGAUCUUCCGCUUCUACCCCAAUCCCUUCAUCGAAAACCAGGAGGUGAUCAAGGACUAUUGGACCCGAGCGGAGCCGGAGCCGUACUGCACGACGACCGAGAUUUUGUGGUUGCAGGAGAAAAUUGGCGUCUACGAGCACAACGAGGAGGAGCCCAUGUUCGGCCUCUCCUUUUGCGGAUGGCUAUUCACCAAUAUGAAUCCGCGAUUUGAUGACGUAGCCGAGAUCAUCCGCGACGACAUCUGGCUCUCUCCCCUCAACUAUUUCAUGGCCCCGGAUAUCGAGUACGACGAUGAGGACUUUGAUAUUGCCGAUCAGGCGAACCAGGGUCUCGGGCCUCCUCCACCCCUUCCGGCCGCGAUCGGCGUCAUCCAGGGCCCGAUUCUGCCGCCGCUCCACCCGGCCAACCCGAAUUUGCCCCAUCCGGCUCCUGCUCCAUCGAGGGGCUCAACCCUGCUCACCCCGAACUCA